GAGCCAAUUAAAGGUUAAUUUUAUUGGUACUGGUAAAAUGAUUAGAGGAGAAAUAUACAUGUUUGAUGUUAAGAAUAUAAUUUCUAGUUAAUUUUAAAAUACUGUUUUGUUAAAGGUAUAAGAAUAUAGAAGUGCAACAUUCUAAUGCGCUUUUUAGUAUUUUGGGCUUCCGGCACACGGUAGUUACGUAGUUGGAGAGUCAGACAAGCUGGAAGCAACACAGUUUUUUGACCGAGCCUUGCCAUGUAAAUUCAAAGUUUCAAUAAACAUCUUUUUUGCAAGAAAAGAAAAUGGACUUGCUCGCGUUUCAAAUGCAUGUUGCCGGACUGACUCCUAAAGGUGGGACAGAAGAGUGAAAUAGAGACGGAGUGCCGCCACUACAUAAGUCAAAAAACUCGCUUCACCAGUAAGUGGGGGAUCGGCUGCACGGCGCUCGGAUGGAAGGGCGCAGCCUAGCGGAAUGUAAGAUAAAAGGCACUGCUUAAGGAUGCUGGCACAGAACCGGAUAAUUCUUUGGAUUAUUCUUUAGAAGAAGGUAACAAACUCUUUUAUUCAUGCUGUAAGAGGAAAAGGACGUCUUUCGGCGGCUCGUUAAGCUUGGUGGAAAACGAAAGUGAAACUUAACUUCGUGCCGUCGUCAACCCUGCUCUCUUUUUUCUCUCUCUGCCUGUGGGACUGCAUGUUGUAAAACAGGAUUUGAUGCAGUCAAUGUGGAGUUUUUGGCACGUUAUGAAGCUGGUUUACACUAUGUCUAUUAAAAAAAAUCUAAGGAGAAGACAAAUAGUGCAUGCAACUUGAGCCAAUAAACUACUGCAACUUGUAAGAUGGCAGAUGAAAGAGAGGUGGGAAGAACGUGUAAGUUAACAGAGAAGGCUUUGGAAGAAAAAUUACAAAGAUUCAUUGCCUUAAGAAGAUGAACAUUAGGAACAAUCACAGGCAAAAUAAAGGAGAUAAAGACAAUGAUGAGUGAUGCUCAGAACCUUCAAAAUGUGAAUGAAAAGAUGGAAAGUGACUUUGCAUUGGCUCUGAAUGAGUUUCACAGUCACAAUAACCAAGUUAUGAGCCUUUUGUCUGAAGAAGAAAAAAUUUUUGACCAGGACAAUUGGUUUGAGCCCAAAAUGGCAUCAAUAACAGAGUUUAUGAAAACAACAAAGAAAUGGAUAGCAGAGGAUCAUAAGCAUAUGAUUCCAAAUGAAACUGAGCAGCAGGAGCACGUUGCAGAUGACUUGGAGGAAGCUGUGAACCCAGAUGACAGUGCAUCACAGGUUGGAGCUAGAAAGGAUGUAGUUCAUAGCUCGCGUGGGUCUCAAGUCAGCCGAGCAUCUACAACAUCUAGAGUUUCCUCCACUCGUGCUAAACAGGAGGCAGAACACGCAGCCUUGCUGGAACGGGCCGCAGCAUUGAAGAAAAAGCAAGAACUUGAGUUAGAGUUGGCCAGGAUUAGGCAACAUCUUGAGCUUGAAACAGCAAGAGUCAAAGCAGAAAAGGAAGAGUUAGAGUUGGAGACUGCAUUAGCAGAAAGUCAAGCAAAGUUAAAGGUGCUCAAAGAAUAUGAAAGAUCUGAAGAUGGGCUGAGCAGUUAUGUGUCAAUACAAAGAUCGCAAGGUCGAGGAGUUAAAAAGGAAAGAGUUGGCAUAAUGCUCCCACAACAAGCUGAUGUGAGUAGUCACGCUAAUUCACAAGUGCAAAACUCACAGGUACCACAACUGUCUCAUCCGGUCUCCACUCAUGGGCUUAAUGCUCACAUUAACAGAAGUGAUGAUCUAUUGUCAGUCAUGCAGAAACAGAAUGCAAUCACUGAGUUACUUGUGAAACAGCAGCAGCUGGCUCAGUUGCCAACAAAGGACAUUCCUGUUUUUAAAGGUGAUGCAUUACAGUAUAAGGCCUUCAUAAGAGCCUUCGAACAUGCAGUAGAGCAAAAGACUGAUAACGAUCAAGAUAAGCUGUAUUUUUUGGAACAGUUCACUGCUGGCGAACCACAGGAGCUAAUUCGCAGUUGUGUUCACAUGACUCCUAGCAAAGGUUACCGUGAGGCCAGACGGUUGCUACAUAAGCACUAUGGAGAUGAGCUAAGGAUCGCAAGCGCAUUCAUUGAGAAAGCACUCAAAUGGCCGCAGGUGAAAAAUGACGAUGCAAAAGCAUUAAAUGCUUAUGCUAUGUUCCUGACUGGAUGUCGCAACACCAUGGAAGAUGUUGAAUUUUUGGAAGAGAUGGAUAAUCCAACCAAUCUGCGCACAGUGAUAUCCAAGCUGCCCUACAAAACCAGAGAACGCUGGCGUGUAGAAGCAUUUGAACUCCAAGAAAAGAGGGGCAAAAGAGCAAGAUUUGCAGAUUUGGUGAACUUUAUAGACCGCCAGGCUAAAAUAGCUAUGGAUCCACUCUUUGGUAAUAUCCCAGACAACCGUGCAGUGAAAGGUGGAAAGACUGACCAAAAGGAAAGAUAUCCAGCAAAGAAGGAGUUUCUAGGAAGCAGUUUUGCCACCAACAUUUCCGCUGAGAACAAAAGACAAGAAACAAACGUUAAAACUGAAAAUUCAAUCAAGACAGUGAGUGCCUUUGAGAAGCCAUGUUUGUAUUGUCAGCAGCCUCACACUCUUGCUUCUUGUGGCAAGAUUAAGAAUCAACCACACAAAGAACGUGUAGAUUUCUUGAAGUCAAAGGGACUCUGUUUUGGAUGUUUGGUUUAUGGGCAUCUCAGCAAGUUCUGUAAGCGCAGAAUGGAAUGUAAAGAGUGUUCACUAAAGCACCCAGACAUUCUGCACAUGAGGACAAAAGAAGGUUCUGUGGAAACAGAGAGGAAGGAUGUUACUGAUGACAAUGAUGAGGCACCUUGUGCUCAAGUUCCUGUCAGUCAAGAGACUUGUGGGCUUACAGGGGCCGGAGAAGAGGAAUGUGUGCUCUCUAUAGUACCAGUCAAGAUCAAAUCUAAAAUGAGUGGUAAAUAUAUAGAGACAUAUGCCUUUUUGGACCCGGGAAGCACGGCAACAUUCUGCACUGAAGAUCUACAAAGGAAACUGAAUGUUAAAGGAAAGCCUACACGGAUACUUCUAAGUACCAUGAGUCAAGAAAAGCCAGGAGAACAGAAACUCAUGAACAGUUUUGUUAUAUCAGACCUGGAAGUGUGUGGGUUGGAAGAUUCCAAGUUCGUUGACUUACCCAAGGUGUUCACUCACACUAGUAUACCUGUGAGUAGUGGAAACAUACCCAGGCAGUCAGACAUUCAGAAGUGGCCUUAUCUACGUGAAGUGAAGCUACCAGAGAUAGAGGCUAAUGUAGACCUGCUUAUAGGAGCCAACUGUGCAAAAGCAAUGGAGCCAUGGCGUGUCAUUAAUGGACAAAAUGGAGGUCCUUAUGCAGUGAAGACCACCAUUGGUUGGGUUGUGAAUGGACCCAUAAGAAAAGAACUAAAUGACACAGAAAACAAAGAACCACAUUUCUCAGUAAGCCGAAUCUCCUUAGUGGAAGUUGAGAAGCUACUGGUCCAACAGUAUAACAUUGAUUUUUCGGAACGUAAUUAUGAUGACAAAGAGGAAAUGUCACAAGAAGACAAACAGUUUCUACGAGCAGUAGAAAAGACAACGACCUUCGAAAAUGGACACUAUAACAUUGGAUUGCCACUUAAGAAUGAGAAUCUGCAAAUGCCAAACAACCGUUGUGUUGCGGAGCAGCGGAUAGCAUGUUUGUUCAGGAAGUUUAAGAAGAAUCCUCAGUUUUUUGAAGAUUACAAGUGCUUCAUGGAAACCAUCAUCACCAAGGGCUAUGCAGUUCCAGUGCCAGACCACCAGUUGAGCCGUGACGACAACAGAGUGUUCUAUAUACCACACCAUGGGGUGUAUCACCCGAAGAAGAGAAAGUUGCGAGUCGUGUUCGACUGUACGGCUUCAUACCAGGAUAUGUCUCUAAACAAGGAGUUACUGCAGGGACCGGAUCUGACUAACACGCUGGUGGGUGUUCUUUUAAGAUUCCGUGAAGAGCCAGUAGCGCUGAUGGCAGACAUUGAAUCAAUGUUUUACCAAGUCAAUGUACCAGAAAGGGAUGCUGAUCUUCUUCGUUUUCUUUGGUGGCCAGAUGGCAAGCUGGAUGAGCCCAUGAAGGAAUAUAGGAUGAUGGUGCACCUAUUCGGAGCUACUUCCUCACCAAGUGUCGCCUCAUAUGCGCUAAGAAGAACGGCAGAAGAUCACAAGGAAGAAGCAUCUCCAGAAGCUGUUCAGACAGUCCUGUGCAACUUCUACGUAGAUGACUGUCUGAAAAGUGUAGCUACAGAAAAGGCUGCAGUGAAAUUAGUCAGUGAUCUUCGUGCUCUGUGUACCAGUGGAGGGUUUACAUUAACAAAAUGGACAAGUAACAGUAGAAAAGUGUUGAUGUCAAUUCCUGAAGAACACAGAGCCAACGAGGUGAAAGAUCUGGAUCUUAGGCAUGACAGUUUGCCAGUUGAGAGAACUCUAGGUGUACAGUGGAACACAGAAACAGAUACCUUCACUUAUACUAUAAGGUUGCAAGACAAGCCAAUGACCAGAAGAGGCAUUUUGUCAGUCAUUAAUUCAAUUUAUGACCCUCUUGGCUUUCUAGCACCAGUCAUCUUGCCUGCAAAACUUUUGUUGAAAGAUCUCUGUAAAGAGCAGCAUGGUUGGGACAAGGAGAUCAACGAAAAGCAUGCAACAGUUUGGAAAAAAUGGAAAGAAGACGUUGUACUCCUCUCCAACUUCCAUGUGAGUAGAUGCCUAAAACCUACAGGUUUCGGAUGCACCGUUGUUGCACAGUUGCACCAUUUUUCCGAUGCUUCAGAUUACGCAUAUGGAACUGUCUCUUACCUGUUGAUGGAAAAUAGACAUGGCAGGAGACAUUGCGCCUUUCUCAUUGGGAAAUCAAGAGUUUCUCCGCUCAAGCAAGUCACAAUUCCUAGGCUUGAGCUGACUGCAGCAGUGAUUUCAGUGAGGAUGGACAGAUUACUGCGACAAGAACUUCAAGUUCCUCUGCAACAAUCAGUCUUCUGGACGGACAGCACAACUGUGCUUAGAUACAUUGAUAGCGAAACAUCUCGCUUCAAAACUUUCGUUGCAAAUAGAGUUUCACUGAUUCGAGAAGCAACCAAGCCAUCGCAAUGGAAGUAUGUGACAUCGGCAGAAAAUCCUGCAGAUCAAGCAAGCAGAGGCUUAAAGCCAAAAGAUCUGCUGGAAGGAGGUUCAUGGAUUCACGGGCCGAACUAUCUUCUAGAUGAAAAUGAAUGGCCAGAACAGCCAGUGAGAAAGAAGGAAAACCUUCAAGAUGAUCCAGAAGUCAAGACUUCAGCAACGGUUAAUAUGCUGAAAGUUGAGGGAUGCAUGGAACCGAUGAAACAUGUCAUUGACUACUAUUCAGACUGGACUAAACUGAAAAGAGCAGUGGCCUGGAUAAUAAAGCUAAGGAAGGUGCUGUGGAUCUUAAAGGAAGAAAGAAAACAUUACUCGAAUAUAGUCCAGAAAAAUGAAAAUGAUCCUGAAAAGCAAAAGUUAAAGUUGCAAGUGCACAUGGAGACAUUUAAAUCUGCAAUGGGAAAGAAAGCACUUGCUUUGGAGGAUCUUGAGGCUGCCGAAUCAGAAAUUGUUCGCUUCAGCCAGAAACAACAUCAUGGAGAGGAGAUCAAAAUCCUACAGAAGGGAGGACAGCUCAGUUGUAGCAGCCAGCUGUUCAAAUUAGACCCAGUUCUGCGAGAUGGGGUGCUGAGAGUGGGCGGCAGACUCAAUAAAUCAGGCUUGCCAGAAAAUGCUAAACAGCCAGCAAUUCUUUCUAAACACAGCAAAGUCUCUGAAAUCAUCUUGAGAGAUAUCCAUCAACGAACUGGUCACUGUGGUCGCAAUUAUGUGCUGGCCCAGUUGCGAUGCAGAUAUUGGAUUCCACAAGCCAAUUCGGCAAUUAGAAAGAUAAUCAACAAAUGUCAAAUUUGCCGUAGGAUUUCUGGAAGGGUUGGUGAACAGAGGAUGGCAGACUUACCUGAAGACCGUCUUCUACCAGACAAACCUCCGUUCACGAACACUGGUGUUGACUACUUUGGCCCAUCUGAUGUCAAGCGGGGCCGGGGUACUGUCAAAAGAUAUGGUGUCAUGUUUACCUGCCUCACUCUCAGAGCUGUACAUAUUGAAGUUGCAGACAGUCUUGACACAGACUCCUGUAUCAAUGCGAUUCGACGUUUCAUCUGCAGAAGAGGUCAAGUUACCAUCAUGAGGUCAGAUAAUGGCACAAACUUUGUGGCAGCGGAAAGGGAGUUGAGGGAAGCCGUGCAAAGAUUGGAUAACGACAAGAUAGAAAGAGUCCUACAACCAAAAGGUAUAAAGUGGAUUUUUAACAGCCCGGCUGCUUCACAUCAAGGUGGAGUUUGGGAGAGACAAAUUCGAACAGUGCGUCGAAUUCUCAGCGCUCUCUUGAAGGAACAAGUGCCAAAUGAAGAUUGUCUUCAUACGAUAAUGUGUGAGAUUGAAAGCAUCAUUAAUGGAAGACCUCUGACAAGCAUCUCAGAUGACAUAAAUGACGUUGAAGCUUUAACGCCGAGCCAUCUGUUGCUGCUUAAGUCACAGCCCCUCAUGCCUCCAGGUGUCUUCAACAAAAAUGAUGCAUACACCAGAAGAAGAUGGAGACAGGUUCAAUAUCUGGCAGAUUUGUUUUGGACCAGAUGGACUCGUGAAUAUCUUCCACUUCUGCAAGAGCGCCAGAAGUGGCUGAAACCGAGAAGAAACUUCAUGGUCGGAGAUCUUGUGCUGCUGGUGGACAGUUCUUCUCCACGCAACUCUUGGCUCAUGGGGAGAGUGGUUGAGACGUUGCCAGAUUCAAGUGGAACAGUCCGAAGAUUGAAAGUAAAAACUAAAAGCAACAUCCUGGAAAGACCCGUUAACAAGUUGUGUCUUCUGGAGGAGGCUUCAUCCGAGCGAUGAAGAGAAAGAAUGUUUGUUCAUGGACAUUACAAUUAGGUUGGCUCUUAAUGAUUAAUGUGUAAGUUAGUAAUUGUUUAGUUCUCCCACCUAACCAAUUAGGGGCCGGAUGAUGUAAGAGCCAAUUAAAGGUUAAUUUUAUUGGUACUGGUAAAAUGAUUAGAGGAGAAAUAUACAUGUUUGAUGUUAAGAAUAUAAUUUCUAGUUAAUUUUAAAAUACUGUUUUGUUAAAGGUAUAAGAAUAUAGAAGUGCAACAUUCUAAUGCGCUUUUUAGUAUUUUGGGCUUCCGGCACACGGUAGUUACGUAGUUGGAGAGUCAGACAAGCUGGAAGCAACACAGUUUUUUGACCGAGCCUUGCCAUGUAAAUUCAAAGUUUCAAUAAACAUCUUUUUUGCAAGAAAAGAAAAUGGACUUGCUCGCGUUUCAAAUGCAUGUUGCCGGACUGACUCCUAAAGGUGGGACAGAAGAGUGAAAUAGAGACGGA